GCCUAAAAAAGGUCGCAUUAACCUGGAAAAAGUAAUGGAACCGUGGCUAUCUCAAGCGGGCUAUCCAAUUAUAACAGCGAUUCGAAAUUACGAAAAGAACACGCUGAAGAUAAGUCAAACCUCGUGCUUCAGUUACGAAAACAAAUCCUCCGAACAACUGUGGAAUGUUCCAAUUACUGUAAUGCACGGAAGUCGACCCGUAAUCAAUUUGAAAGUAACGAAGUGGCUGACUGAAAGAGAAGAUGUUAUUGAGGAUCUUCCGAAUGACAGAAACUGGACAUUGCUCAAUGUAGAACAAUUAGGAUAUUUUCGAGUCAAUUACGACGAAACUAAUUGGAAAUUACUGUUGUGGCAAUUGCGGCAUUAUUUUUUGGUAAUUUUUUUAAAUAUUAACUAUUACUCGUAUUAAAUGAUUUUUACCUAC